GUCGAUUACUAUUGGUUGGCGCUUCGGGUUCCCGGAACUCAGUGGGCGUGGCGCGAAGGCUGAAGGGAGUGUGGCAGACGGCACCGGGAAACCGGGGAGUCGGCAUGCCUCGGUAUGCGCAGCUGGUCAUGGGCCCCGCAGGCAGCGGGAAGAGCACCUACUGUGCCACCAUGGUCCAACACUGUGAAGCCCUCAAUCGGUCUGUCCAAGUGGUCAACCUAGAUCCUGCAGCAGAACAUUUCAACUACCCUGUGAUGGCUGACAUCCGGGAACUGAUCGAAGUGGAUGAUGUGAUGGAGGAUGAUUCUCUGAGGUUCGGUCCCAAUGGAGGGUUGGUGUUUUGCAUGGAGUACUUUGCCAAUAAUUUCGACUGGCUAGAAAACUGCCUUGGCCAUGUGGAGGACGACUACAUUCUUUUUGAUUGCCCAGGUCAGAUUGAGCUGUACACGCACCUGCCUGUGAUGAAACAGCUGGUCCAGCAACUGGAGCAGUGGGAGUUCCGAGUGUGUGGAGUGUUUCUUGUUGAUUCUCAGUUCAUGGUGGAGUCAUUCAAGUUUAUUUCUGGCAUCUUGGCAGCCCUGAGUGCUAUGAUUUCUCUAGAAAUUCCACAAGUUAACAUCAUGACAAAAAUGGAUCUGCUGAGUAAGAAAGCUAAAAAGGAAAUUGAAAAGUUUCUAGAUCCAGACAUGUACUCCUUCUUAAAAGAUUCGACAAGUGACUUAAGAAGCAAAAAAUUCAAGAAGUUGACUAAAGCGAUUUGUGGACUGAUUGAUGACUACAGCAUGGUUCGAUUUUUACCUUACGAUCAGUCAGAUGAAGAAAGCAUGAACAUUGUAUUACAGCAUAUUGAUUUUGCCAUUCAGUACGGAGAAGACUUAGAAUUUAAAGAACCCAAGGAACAUGAAGAUGAGUCUUCCUCUUUGUUUGAUGAAUAUUUUCAAGAACACCAGAAUGAAUGAAGAGUUUACUGAAAAGUAACUGUAUGUGAAGAGCUUGUGACCGAAUCAACAGAGGAUGCAAAUCUUCAAAGGAUGCAAUAGUAGUCAGCUGCUCUUUUAAUGGAAAAAAAUGAGUACUUGGCCCUUUAUCAGGAGCAUGCCUCAGUCAGGUCCUGAGUUCAAGUGAAAUCUUGCCAGGCACUUUUUUAGAGGUGCACACCUCUAAUCCCAACAGCUCAGAAGACUGACAGGAAGAUCGAAAGUUCACUUUUCAGGGCUGGGAGUGAAGCUUAAGUGGUACAGCACUUGGUAGCAUGAGCCCACCCUGGGUGUAAGUCACAUCACUGCAAAAAAACAGGGGAUCUUUUAUUCUAAUAGCAUCAAUUGAAUUUUUGUUGUUGUUUGGAUAUUGUUUGUGGUUGUUAGUGGCUGUUACACCGGGGGCCCCUUGGCCACUGAGCUACAUCUCCACCCCUUUUUAUUUUCUUUUGAGAUAGGGUUUCACUAAAUUGCUGAGGCUGGCCUUGAUGCCGGUCUCAAACUGAGUUGUUGGAAUCACAGGUGUGUGCCACCACGCCUAGUAUCAGUUGAGAUUUUAAGUGUCAAACUGAAAAGAGGUUUGGGGAUGUAGUGCAGCAGUGGGGUAUUUGCCUCACACACACACAAAGCCCCUGGGUUCAUACCCCAGCAUGCAAAAAAAGAAAUGAAUGCACAUAAAUUUGUACAUAAUAUAAAUUCACACCUGGGCUACAUAUAGUUAAGGACAUUCUAACUUUAUUUUUUGCUUGGUUUUUUUGUUGUUUGCUGGGGGUUUCUUUUGGGGCACGAAUUCCCGUAACAAGAUAUACAUAUGUAUAUCCAAAGGAAAAGUCCACAAGGGUAUAGAAUCUAAAAAGACCAUUGCUUAUCUGUAUGUUUUUAUUUUCCUACAUUGACUAUGUGCCAUUUAUAAAAUUUUAAAAAGUAGCUGUGUUUUUGAGGCAUAUACGUAGGUGUAGGAAAGAAACAGAAAGGUAGCACUAACCUUUCAUUACACUCUUGUUUUCCAGGCAGAAUUUGAAAUUCAGAGCCAGGCAAACUUUUGAAUGAGUGAAUUUCCCCAAGUGUCAAUGUAGGCAGUGAUUGUUUUUAGAAAUUGGUUUAUAGUUUCCGAGCACUUCAAAGUUUAUACAUUCCUUGAGUAAUAAAUAUACACUGAAGUGCAAAUGA